AUGGGUAGAUCACCGUGUCGUGAGGAGAUUAGUGGUGUAAAGAAAGGACCAUGGACACCAGAAGAAGAUGAGAUGCUGAUUGAUUAUAUCAGCAAACACGGCCAUGGCAGUUGGAGAACACUUCCAAAGCGUGCAGGGCUCAAUAGGUGUGGUAAGAGCUGCAGAUUAAGGUGGACAAACUAUCUGAGGCCUGAUAUCAAGAGAGGCCAAUUCACUGAAGAAGAUGAGAGAAUUAUCAUCAACCUUCAUUCAGUUCUCGGAAACAAGUGGUCGAAGAUUGCAGCCCAUCUGCCAGGACGAACUGAUAAUGAGAUCAAGAAUUAUUGGAACACUCACAUAAGGAAAAAGCUUCUAAAGAUGGGUAUCGAUCCAGAAACUCAUAAGCCAAGGACAGACUUGAAUCACCUAAUGAGUCUUUCUCAGUUGCUUGGCAUGUCAAACUUGAGCAGUGUUAUGAGUACUACUUGGGGCAGUAACCCUCUUGGUUUACAACCAGAUAUCACUCAGCUAACCAAAAUACAACUGCUGCAAAAUCUUCUGCAACUUAUGAACAGCAAUUCAGUUGUUAACAUGGGUAACCCUUACCUCUUAGGCAAUCUCAAUCUCAACCCUUUAUUUCUGAACGGCACAAACCCCCUCCAAACAAAGGAGCCUGUGGUGUUGAGUGGUAGUCAAGGAUUUGCUAACCCUAGUGUGUACUCUCAAGUACAAAGCGAGUGCUCUCAGCAGGAUGCUACAAAAUCAUUGACAGAUGUGGAGGGUGGAUCCAUUCCAAAAGGUCCUGAUUACAACAAAAUUAGCAGCACUAAUCAUUCACGAGAAAAUCAAGCAGAAAACCCUCUUCCUGCAUUAGUUGCAGCCUCUCCGAGGAUGGGAACCUUCAACCCAAUGAACAGUGGUUGUGAUAACUUAGCUCAAACGUGCACAGAGUCACCUUCCAACACAUUCUUUGAUGAUUGGGAGAAGUUGCUUGACGAUGAAACUAGCGGUUCCUAUUGGAAAGAAAUUCUAGACUUUACCUCCACUUCUUCGACACCAAUUAUGUGGUAG